AUGAAAAAACAAAACACCAAAGUAGAAGAAUUUUCCAAUACCCAAAACUAUAUUGCUAAAAGUAAUAUGGAAAGUGACAAAGUUUGGGCGACUGAAGUAGAAAUGUACUUUACUGCUGCAUUUCCUAAUGCAGAUAUAUAUUCCUUCACGGCAAAUCAAUGGUUAAGAUUCUCUCAUUCGUUGCAGUUAUCAGCUAAACCAGACUACAAGAAAAUGGCAAUUUACCUCAAUCAUAAAAACUCUAACCACUUGAAGUUGUGUUGA